AUGGGACUUGCCUGUUUGAAGAAACCACGAAGUCAGCUACUGCUUAAAUUCUUACUAGAGGCAGAAACUAACAGUAGCGACAGCGCGAUGUGCCAGCUUAUCCAGCAGGUUGAGGCCGAUGGCAACGAUAACUUAGUGCGUCAAGUAAUCCAGAAGGCGAAGGACGUCGGCGGAAUCAAGAUGAUGGACCAACUUCUCACGGCAGCAAAAGCUGACGACAGAGGCAGCGCUUGGGAUAAGUGGUCACAGUAUGACAGAGGCGGUGUCGUCGCUCAUCAGAUUACAGCAGGUUUGGCUCAAGACACCAUUCACUUGAUGGAGUUGCAGCAAAGGGGGUAUUCAAAUCCUGAAGCUGAAAGACGAAACCUUGAUCGACAAUUCUUACUUGCUGAAUUUGAAGAAGCGAUCAAGAAUUCACGAAAAUUACUUGCUGCCUACCGGGAGUCAACAUUGCAUCUCCCCAUGUACGAUUCCAGAUGGAUGCGCGGCGAGACCGAAUUAGAGGGCGAUGUCAGAAGAUACCAUGUCCCUCAACUCGCGCCUCUAUCUCGCCCUCACUCACGUCACGACGCGAGCGGGCAUCCUGAGGACCCCGCCAAAGUUCAUAACCCGCCCAUGAAUCUCGAUGCUGUCAGCAUCGGAAUUCAAGUCAGACCUGUCGGUCGCGACGAGGUCAAUAAUUGGGUAGAUCUAUUGUGCGUAGUGGAAGGACGAGGAUCCGUGGGCAGAGCCCGCGAUCCCUCUGUGGGUGCCCUUUUCUGCCCUCUGCCUGGCUAA